AGUAAGUGAAGGGGAGAGGUCAGCGCCUUUCUCUCAGAUUUCGCCUGCCCUUAGCGUCGGGCAACUCCAGCGGAGCACCGCAGCAGGGCUGUGGCCGGGCGGAAGUGACGGCCGUUUCACCUGCUGGGCUGCGAGGGGACAGAGGAGGGCGGCGCGAGGCGGCGAGUGUCCAUUGGGAAUUCGCUCGAGAGUCGCUCCUUUUCCUCUGGCCGCCGGCGACUGCUUUCUCCCGCGCUCUCUCUCCCCGCCAUGGCAUCGCUGCUGCCGCUCUUGUGGGCUGUAACGUUUCUUUGCGCAGAUCUAAUUGAAGGUAUAACAAUAACAUCGACAGAAUACACGGUUACAAAAGCUCAAGGAGAUAAAGUUACACUGCUGUGCACAUUUACUACAGCAGAUGAUAGAACGGUUGAAAUUGAAUGGAGUGUUUUGGCACCAAAAGGGGAGGAACCAGUUAUCAUAUAUGAUGAAGGCAAUGUUUAUGAUACAUAUGAUAUGAAGGGACGAGUACAAUUUGCUAAACAAAAUCCAGCAUCUGGAAAUGCAAGCAUUGAUAUCUUAAAUUUAAAAGCAGAAGAUACUGGCAAAUACCAAUGUAAAGUGAAGAAACUUCCUAGUGUUAAAACUCAGAGAGUCCACUUGACAGUACUUGAAAAACCCAUGAAGACUAAAUGCUACAUUGAAGGAUCUCAGGAGAUUGGAAGUGAUCUUACUCUGAAAUGUAAAUCCCAAGAAGGUUCUUCCAUCAUAGUUUACUCCUGGAAAAAAACUACUGGUUCACAAGAACUUCCAGCAACAGCAUUACCAAUUGAAAAUACAGGUGACUUAUUUGUGAAAAAUGCCUCUCAGACUUAUUCUGGUACUUACUCGUGUUUGGCUUACAAUAAAGUCGGCAGAGAUGAAUGUUCUGUCAUACUGACUAUUACACCCCCUAUCGAUAGAGCUGGUACUAUUGCUGGAGCAGUUAUAGGAACUCUUCUGGCACUCAGCUUAAUGGCUUUGUUCAUUUUCUGUUGCUAUAAGAAACGAAGAGACACAAAAUAUGAAAAAGAAGUACAUCAUGAUAUCAGAGAGGAUGUCCCUCCUCCAAAGAGCCGUGCCUCAACAGCGCGCAGCUAUAUAGGGAGUAAUCGGUCAUCUUUGGGCUCAAUGUCUCCAUCUAAUAUGGAUGGUUUUACCAAAACUCAGUACAAUAAAGUGCCGAGUGAAGAACGUACACCCUCUCAAGAUCAGUACUUUGAUCCACCAAAGGUAGCUGCACCUAAUCUAAGUAGAAUGGGAGCUAUUCCUGUGAUGAUACCAGCACAAAGCAAAGAUGGUUCCAUAGUAUAACAUGACAUUAAUUUGAAGUUUCACCAGUUCAUUACCACAUUGAUGAUUAGUUUGUACCAGAUCUACACAUUUAAAUAUACACUUGAGCAUCAAGAUAUGUCUUAGCUCAACUUAUUUUUAUUAAGUUUGACUGCCUUUAUUGAUAAAAGUUGACAGUGAAAAAAUGUUAUCCACCUUUGUAGGGAUUUCUAAAUAAAUAUUAAAAUAUGAAUUAUUGAUCUGUUAGUUAUAGUAGACUGUAUGACAUGAAGCAUUUUGUAUUUACAUUGUUACAGAUACCUGUUUAUAUGAGAACUGUUACAAUUUUUCUGUUCACAAAUCUGAAAAUAGAGACUUGCAUUCUUGUAAUAUUGAUUCUGGAAUACUCUUUUCAAAAACUUAGAAUAUUUAAAAUGCAUUAUUAGAUAUAGUAAUGCACAUGUUUACCAUAUUUACCAAUUUCUGUCCUUUCACACACUUUCUCUCGCUCGCUCGUUCGCUCUUGCUCUCUCCAGUCUUACAGGAUAUUGCUUGUUAUAUGUGGAUAAACUACUCCUUUCUAGAUAUGUAAUAUUGAAUGGAUUUAGUCAGCAUAAUAACUACAAACAGUAUUUGAUAGUGAAAUUAAACCUGAAUUCAAUCAUUAAUUAUAUUGUACAUGCCAUUUUGAAAUUCCCUGUUUUUUAUAAAGAUUUGUGCAAAUAGAUUUUACUUAUGGGACCAGAAUACUUCAAUUUAAUUUAUAAAAUAUACUGGCACAAUUACAUUUUUGUAGUAAAGUUUUCUGUAACUCAAGAACUGGUGAGGGCUUCCCCACUAUUUUAAUAUCCUCAGAGUUAUCAUUUAGUACUUUUUUAUUAACUCAUCCUAUUUAUAUUGCUCCAUUGAUUUUAUUACCAAUUAAAAAAAUUGGAAUACCAAAAAGUGAAUAUCAGCUUAAGCUGGUAGUUUAUAUAUAUAUGUGGAAAGUUAUACAUUCUUAUUAGAAAAUUGCUCCCAAUGAAUUAUAAAGUUUGCUUCUGUCUUUCUUUUUCCCAUUCAUCAUGUCCAAUUCUUGGAGACUGCCUGAACAAGCCCCUGCAGUUUUCUUGACAAGGUUUUUCAGAAAGCCGUUGCCUCCUUCGUAGGGCUGAGAGAAUAUGACUAGCCCAAGAUCCCCAGUUCGCUUUGUGCCUAAGGUGGGACUAGAACUCCCUGUCUCUCAGUUUCUAGCCUGAUGCCUUAACCACUUCAACAAAUUGGCUCUUAUGCUUUUUUACACAUGAAUAA